CUUCAUGCUCACAGAUAACUUCUGAAUCUAGCACGGUCAAGACGCGAAACCUUACCAUUACUAAAUUGCAACGCAGGUGUCAAUCUUGUUUUUUUGUUAGCUUUAAGCGCUAGAUGCAAUUCCGCGGGAUCGCCGAGGCCAAUCCAAAGUGCGUUUGUGACGAAUAAUUCGUGCGUAUAAGUUCUGUUCGCGUAAAGGGGGUAUACCUACGUGGGCAGUGAGCUUCCCAUAUUCCCGGACGGAUGGAUGAUGUGUGAGUUGUCAGCUUGUGGCGGUGCUAAUUAUUCUGUGGAUGGUCUGGUGAUUCCCUGAUGGUGCUGGAAGGUCGCGAAGAAUACGCAAGGCAUUAGGCUGCAAGUGCUGUGAAGCGUAGAAAAGUGCUUCUGUUGUGUUCCACCGCGGAAGAAGUGAAACAAGAAAAUUUUUGGUCAUAAAGUUCAAGGUGUUUCUUCUGGGGAAACGUCACACUAGUGUUACCAAAGCUAAAAUUAUCGUCGUAGGAAAAGAAAAAUGCACAUCAGGUUGGAAAACUUCCAUAUGGUAGCCUCGGCGCUGGCGAUUCUAUCUGUUGCGUUGCUGGCGAGGCUUGCCAAUGGAUUGUCGGAGAGUAGUAACGGCGGUAGUUCGGACCACACGACCACAGUGGGACGGUUUCCAUUUUUGAUGCCAAAAGUUAUCCCCUACAAGCCCGAACUGUACCUCUGUACGCCCGUCAAGGUGGACUACACCAAAAGCUAUUACAUAGUGGGCUUCGAGCCUAAUGCUACGAUGGCGACGGCUCAUCACAUGCUGCUGUACGGUUGCGGGGCGCCCGGAUCCGAAUCGGCCGUAUGGAACUGUGGCGAGAUGGCCAAGAGCGACGACGUCAAGGAGGAGACCGGUAGUCCGUGUGGCGCCGGGUCGUCUUCGCAAAUCAUUUACGCGUGGGCACGUGACGCACCGAAGCUGGAACUGCAGGAUGGCGUAGGGUUCAAAGUGGGACUGGAUUCCCCAAUCAAGUACAUCGUGCUGCAGGUGCACUACGCUAACAUUGACAAAUUCAAAGAUGGUACCACAUCCGACGACUCCGGAAUAUUCCUGCACUAUACUUUGAAACAGAUGAACAAACGAGCGGGCGUGUUGCUGCUCGGUACGGGUGGUUCCAUUCCUCCGAAUCAAGUUGAACACAUGGAAACGGUUUGCAACAUUAGCGAAAAUAAAACCAUUCACCCGUUCGCCUAUCGGACCCAUACCCAUAGUUUGGGACGAGUCGUGUCCGGCUAUCAGAUUAAGGUCGACGAACAAGGCCAGAACCAUUGGACUCGACUGGGCAAACGGGACCCAUUGACGCCGCAGAUGUUUUAUCCAGUGGAAAGUACCGCACCCAUCCGCAAAGGGGAUCGCUUGGCAGCGCGGUGUACCAUGGAGAGCAAUCGAAGCACCGUCACCAACAUUGGUGCUACCAACAACGAUGAGAUGUGCAACUUCUAUCUGAUGUACUACGUCGAGGACGACGAACCAUUGCAAAUGAAGUACUGCUUCAGCAGUGGUCCUCCAUAUUUCUACUGGCACAAUAAGGAUACCGAGCUCAACAACAUUCCAGACUACGACGCAAGUCACCUGUAAAUCAUGGAUUUCACUGAAACCUCCUCAUCUACAACUACAAAUCAUAUGCACAGAGAGAAAAAAGCCGAAAGUGGAGAGCAAAACCAAGCACACAUCACUUUACAUCACAAAUUAUAUAGAGAUACCUGUGUAGAAACUAAAACUUUAAGAGAGCAGCUAAAGUGUAUAUUCCAACAAACAGAAAGUCAGAGCUAACUACAGCAGUCAAAUUUUAAACUUAUCACAAACAGAAGAUAAGCUUGACAAAAGAGAAAUCAAUCUUUCGAACCAUAUCAGAUAAAAAGGUUUUUAAAAAUAGUCACAGAGCUCGAAUUGCACCUAUCACAACCUGAGAGUAUGGAAGGAGAAAGCUAAGAAUCACGUAGAAAAAAAAAAUCAACAACUUUCCUCGAUUUUACAGCAUGCUUUAGUCUAGUCAAGGAAAAUGCAUUUCUAGAAGCAGAUCUGUGAAAACUUUUGAAUUCAAAGUAUCUCUGGACCAACCAAUUUCGGCAUCAGCUAUCAUUGGUUCUUGGUUAUUAGCAUAUUUGUUACGAUUAAGCCUUAUUUAUUUGCUACACUGCGUCCAACGUUUAUUGUUAUGCUUACUGAAAUGAUUUAUAAGGUGUGUAAUGUUCUAACGAGAAGUAAAGCAAAUGGAAUCGAUGGUACAAGAGAAUGCUGUGAAAUGAAUCUGUUUAAAUCAUAAAAGAAAAGUUUAUAUCGUUGAGUACGGAGAAAGACAUGUCUAGUGCUAAACACUAUUAAAGAACAAGAGAUUGACCUCUGGAAUACUUAAGCGCGUUACUGUAAUAUUAUUUUUGAUACAACUUUUUUGGUUAGACCAUCGUUAGCUAUCAACCUUUGCUGUGAAAUGAAGACACUUUCAGGAAUUGGUGUAUGCGUGUACUUAAGUGAAUUGUUUGGUUCGCUUGGCAAAUUAAAGACUUGUCCAAUUGUGUUUCCUCAUUAUCAUCAUCCCGUCUGUAGAUUUAUCUCCAACCAUCCGAUUUUAACAAAGACAAGUUCAAUUAAAAGCAACACAUUUUAUCUCAUGAAAAUGUAAAAAUAUAGCGAAACUGUAGCUUUAUUACAAUGAGAAACGCAUGUUAUGUAUAUCGGUGUACACAAAAUUUAAUGCAAACAUUGAGUUAUUUGAAAAUGGCAACAUUCCAAUUUCUUACCUGAAACCCGUUGCAUUUUUCCUCAUCAAUCGUGCAAAAGAAAAUGAAUAUAAUUCAAAAAGCACAGUGCUCUUCAAUGAAAUAACGUAUAAAACACACACAUAUGAUAGAGGAUAGUAGUUUAAAUAGCCUCAUUUUUGAUGAAUUCUCCUACCAAAAUCAUUGAAAGACUUGAAACCAAAACCGGAAGCAAAAUGGAUAGAAAAUAUCCGGAAAAUCCUCUUAAGUGUAUCAUAAUAGACUAUUGUUCAGAAAGAUAGACACAAACACAAGUACAGUGCAUCGUGCAUAUGCUAAUGCGGGAUUUGAUGGUAAAAGCUUACAUUCACCUAUAGGAUUCAGAGUCUUUGAAGAGGAUCGCUCGGCAGAUGGAGCGUUGAUGAAUGAGACCCGCGUAUGGAUCGGAUGUAUGUGUAACAUGAACCGUAUAUACAUAAUAUCUAAACUACUGGAUAUACAACCCUUACCGCAAGCAAACAGACAGAUCUAUACAUGAUAACAAACAAACAAAAAUAACGUGUAUGAGGCACAAUAAACAGAAAAGAAACUAGUAUUCAUAUUCAUAAGAA